CCACGUAGUUGUUAUUUCAUUCGUUCUAUCGUUCUCUCGCUCGAUCGCUAUUGCGGUUUGCCGCACACGUGCCGAGAUUUUGUGAUAUUUUAUACUUCAUUAUUUUAUUUUACAGCAAUUUGCAGAACUACAGUAUCAGCGCCCUUUGGAGUCUUUUAUAUUAACAAACAAAAAAUCAGCAGUAGAUUCGAGAUCUAGCAAUCAGUGUUAAUGGCAAUGGUGUCUGAAGCCAAGGUGAACGGCGGCGAGGCGGAGGCGCCCACCGAGCUGCCGCCCGCGCUGGCCGAGAAGCCGGCGGGGCUCCCACCCGGCAAGUACUCGCUGGUCGGUUGGGACAUGGACACUACAGGACGGAGGCUCAUUGAUGAGAUCUGCCAAAUCGCAGCUUACACACCGAAGCAGCAGUACUCGCAGUACAUCAUGCCGUACGGCGACCUGAACCCGGGCGCGCGGCGCCGCCACAACGUGCGCGUCGUCACCGUCGGCCGCUACCGCAUGCUCAAGGACACCAACACCCACAAGAUAUUGAAAACAAAGUCUGAGAUAUCAGCACUAACAGACUUCUUGGACUGGCUGGAGAAGGAAAAGGGAGAUGGAAGCGUGAUCCUCAUCUACCACGAGCCCCGCCGCCUCAGCCCCACCAUGCUACUCGAAGCGCUCACCAGGUACAAGCUCCUGGACCGCUUCAAGUCGAUCGUGGCCGGGUUCACGGACAGCUACGCGCUGGCGGCCGACAAGUGCAAGGCCACCGUCAAGUCCGUCUCCCUCCGCGUGCUGGCGCGCGUGCUGCUGGACGCGGACUCGCUGGCGGUGGACUCCGCGCUCGACCGCGCCGCUGCGGCGUACCGCAUUGUGGAGCAUCUUGCACAAGGUAAGGACAAGUCCAUAGACUGCUUGGGCGACAAGUGCAAGGCCACCGUCAAGUCCGUCUCCCUCCGCGUGCUGGCGCGCGUGCUGCUGGACGCGGACUCGCUGGCGGUGGACUCCGCGCUCGACCGCGCCGCUGCGGCGUACCGCAUUGUGGAGCAUCUUGCACAAGGUAAGGACAAGUCCAUAGACUGCUUGGGCGACAAGUGCAAGGCCACCGUCAAGUCCGUCUCCCUCCGCGUGCUGGCGCGCGUGCUGCUGGACGCGGACUCGCUGGCGGUGGACUCCGCGCUCGACCGCGCCGCUGCGGCGUACCGCAUUGUGGAGCAUCUUGCACAAGGUAAGGACAAGUCCAUAGACUGCUUGGGCGACAAGUGCAAGGCCACCGUCAAGUCCGUCUCCCUCCGCGUGCUGGCGCGCGUGCUGCUGGACGCGGACUCGCUGGCGGUGGACUCCGCGCUCGACCGCGCCGCUGCGGCGUACCGCAUUGUGGAGCAUCUUGCACAAGGUAAGGACAAGUCCAUAGACUGCUUGGGCGACAAGUGCAAGGCCACCGUCAAGUCCGUCUCCCUCCGCGUGCUGGCGCGCGUGCUGCUGGACGCGGACUCGCUGGCGGUGGACUCCGCGCUCGACCGCGCCGCUGCGGCGUACCGCAUUGUGGAGCAUCUUGCACAAGGUAAGGACAAGUCCAUAGACUGCUUGGGCGACAAGUGCAAGGCCACCGUCAAGUCCGUCUCCCUCCGCGUGCUGGCGCGCGUGCUGCUGGACGCGGACUCGCUGGCGGUGGACUCCGCGCUCGACCGCGCCGCUGCGGCGUACCGCAUUGUGGAGCAUCUUGCACAAGGUAAGGACAAGUCCAUAGACUGCUUGGGCGACAAGUGCAAGGCCACCGUCAAGUCCGUCUCCCUCCGCGUGCUGGCGCGCGUGCUGCUGGACGCGGACUCGCUGGCGGUGGACUCCGCGCUCGACCGCGCCGCUGCGGCGUACCGCAUUGUGGAGCAUCUUGCACAAGGUAAGGACAAGUCCAUAGACUGCUUGGCCGACAAGUGCAAGGCCACCGUCAAGUCCGUCUCCCUCCGCGUGCUGGCGCGCGUGCUGCUGGACGCGGACUCGCUGGCGGUGGACUCCGCGCUCGACCGCGCCGCUGCGGCGUACCGCAUUGUGGAGCAUCUUGCACAAGGUAAGGACAAGUCCAUAGACUGCUUGGGCGACAAGUGCAAGGCCACCGUCAAGUCCGUCUCCCUCCGCGUGCUGGCGCGCGUGCUGCUGGACGCGGACUCGCUGGCGGUGGACUCCGCGCUCGACCGCGCCGCUGCGGCGUACCGCAUUGUGGAGCAUCUUGCACAAGGUAAGGACAAGUCCAUAGACUGCUUGGCCGACAAGUGCAAGGCCACCGUCAAGUCCGUCUCCCUCCGCGUGCUGGCGCGCGUGCUGCUGGACGCGGACUCGCUGGCGGUGGACUCCGCGCUCGACCGCGCCGCUGCGGCGUACCGCAUUGUGGAGCAUCUUGCACAAGGUAAGGACAAGUCCAUAGACUGCUUGGGCGACAAGUGCAAGGCCACCGUCAAGUCCGUCUCCCUCCGCGUGCUGGCGCGCGUGCUGCUGGACGCGGACUCGCUGGCGGUGGACUCCGCGCUCGACCGCGCCGCUGCGGCGUACCGCAUUGUGGAGCAUCUUGCACAAGGUAAGGACAAGUCCAUAGACUGCUUGGGCGACAAGUGCAAGGCCACCGUCAAGUCCGUCUCCCUCCGCGUGCUGGCGCGCGUGCUGCUGGACGCGGACUCGCUGGCGGUGGACUCCGCGCUCGACCGCGCCGCUGCGGCGUACCGCAUUGUGGAGCAUCUUGCACAAGGUAAGGACAAGUCCAUAGACUGCUUGGGCGACAAGUGCAAGGCCACCGUCAAGUCCGUCUCCCUCCGCGUGCUGGCGCGCGUGCUGCUGGACGCGGACUCGCUGGCGGUGGACUCCGCGCUCGACCGCGCCGCUGCGGCGUACCGCAUUGUGGAGCAUCUUGCACAAGGCGAGCAGCAGGAGGUGGGCGCGGGCGGCGAGGGCACGCUGCGCGACAUGGUGGAGACGGCGCGCGCCUGGGCGCGGCCGGUGCACACGGAGCUGGCGGCGCUGGCCAGCCUCAAGCUGCUGCUGGAGCGCCAGAACACGUUCCGGCCCGUGUUCGCGCCGCUGCUGCGCUCCGCGCGCCCCGAGCGCAAGCGCGUCACGCAGCUGCGCAGGCUGCUCGCCGACGCCGGCCUGCUCUACGCCGACCUGUCCACGGCCUGGACCGACGACAAGCUGGCGGGUCUAGAGAAGCAAAUGGCGGCCCUCGCGGUGACGGCGAAGGAGGAGGACAUCAAGGAGCUGAUCGAGAUCUUCGACUGCCACUUCGACCCCGCCAAGGAGCCCAAGGGACCCAAGCCGCGCACGCCACGGAAUAGGGUUCGGGGCGCGAGCGCCGGCGAGGCGGGCUCGGGCUCGGCAGAGGCGGAGGCGGAGGCGGAGGGCAGCACGAGCGACUCGCAGCACAGCUCGCCGCACAACUCGCCCAGCAAGACUAACAAUGACGUGUCGGCAGGGGACUCGUCGCGGCAGCCCGAGGCGGUGGCGGCGAACUAAGCGUACAUAACUUUUCUACCGCGUCUAGUACCGUAACAGAGCCAUAGGGAUGUGACAAAAACAUUUAUUCGUAUUACACACUAGGUUAAGACUUGGAAUUGAACGACAUUUGUUUUGCAAGCGGCGGUGAACGAAUUCACAUUUUUUUGUUUCCAUUUUGUUUCAACAAACUCUUUUGUUUCUUGCGCAUGACGUUCUUAUAUUAUAAAUAGAUGUUUAACGUGUAGAUGAGUGCCUUAGCAACUCAGUGUAUUAAGAUAUAACGUUUUGUAUAUCCACAUAUAUUUUUGUCUAAAGCCGUAAGCGACGUUUUGUUGAGUUGCAUAGUGUGAUAUUACAGUUGCAGGCCCCGCGCCGUAUUUUAUAUCACAGUUUUAAGGGCUUGAGGAUGAUAAGUUAAAUGGGGGCUUGGAACAAGCAUUUAAAAAGUACAAGUUGUCGUACUUUUAUUUAUUUCAGAGUUACUUCUUAUUUAUUGAGUGCAAUCACUAACGGAUGGACUGAUUUUUUUACAUCCAAGAUUUUAAAGUUUAUUUAUUUUUUUCUCGAUUCCUACGCAUCGUAAGUUUCUAGGAUUACCGAAGGCAGUAGACGUUCACAUUUUGUUUGCCAUAAAUAACUUUCUAAUAAGGGUUUUGUUCUCCAUCCAGUGAAGCUACGUAAAGCAGUGUGUACCUAUUAACUUACCUCUAAUUUAGUUAGCUUUAACAUAGACUGUACAUAUUAUUUAAUUUCUUAUUUUGUUCAGAUCUCUAAUAAAUAUGUAAGUCUA